ACACAGAAAACACUACUAUAAAAUCCCUGCUCUCUCUCUCUCUCUGCGUGCAAGCGAAGGAGAAGGUGACUAAAACCCUGCUCCCCUGUGACAUUGGCAGGAGGAGUUGAGAUGGCCGUAGACAAGAAUAAGCUCGAAGAAGAAGCAACUAUUCUUCGCUUCUACAAAAUAGUUCUCAGUUGGGAUUAUCUACGCCUCCUCACACAAUCCGGUAAGAAAAAUAGCAAGAACAUUGGGGAUGGAAGUGAUUUGGGACUGAAGCACGUCAAGGAUACGUACAAGGAUGUCGAUGAGUAUCUUGCGACAUUUGAACCGCUUUUGUUUGAAGAAGUUAAAGCUCAGAUCCUCGAAGGAAAAGAUGACGAAGAAAAAGCAGAAUGGAAGUUUGUGGUGCCAAUCAAAUGUAGUGAGGCAGAUGGGUUUCACUUGCUUACAUUUAUACUUGAAGAUGUUGAGUCAGUAAAACUGAAUGAUCUGUUACUGCUUUCAGAAAAGCAGUUUGGAGAUGGUACUACUAAGCUCCCAACUAAGUACGCGUUUGGGCUGGUUGAGAAUCGUCAUGAUAUUUUAGGUCAAGUUACAGUUAGACUGCAAUUAAGAGGCGAGGUAAAACAGCUAAAUGCGGAUGACGUUGAACCUUGUCCAAGGUUGUUGAAUAUGCGUUCUCUUGUUUCUGAAGAAAGCAAAAGCAAAUCAUUAAACAUUCUGAAGAUUUGCAGUUUAUCAACUAUUGUUCGAGAAUAUGUCGCUCUGCGGUCAAUUAGCUCCCUCCCAUUCAAAGAUCUGAUACUAGCAGCUUCUGAAAGGAAUUAUACCUCUGAAGAUCAGGCCUGGGAGAUUCCCAGACCCCUCAUGGAGUCCAUUGAAAGCAAUCACAAUAAAUCACAACUGGACGCCAUACGUGUAGGUGUUUCUCGUAAACGACUUGUUCUCAUACAGGGUCCCCCUGGAACUGGAAAAACGCAAACUAUUCUUGGGCUCCUAAGUGCCAUCUUACAUGCAACUCCAGCAAGAGUAAAUUCAAAGGGCAAAUUACGAGGAACUAAACAAGGACCUGAAUUUCCCAUUCAGGAAAAAUACAACCACUGGGAGAAAGCGUCUCCAUGGUUAAGUGGUACCAAUCCCAGAGAUGCAAAGAUGCCCGAAAAUGGUGAUGACGGGUUUUUCCCCACCUCCGGCAAUGAGCUGAAACCAGAAGUGGUUAAUUCCAGUCGCAAGUAUCGUGUCCGCGUUCUGGUAUGUGCUCCAUCAAACUCUGCUCUUGAUGAGAUUGUGUUGCGCCUACUAAACACUGGUAUACGUGACGAAAAUAACCGUGCAUACAACCCUAAAAUCGUGCGUAUCGGUCUCAAACCGCAUCAUUCUGUCCAGACAGUCUCCAUGGAUUACCUUGUGGAGCAAAAACUUGCCGGCGUAGAUUUUCAGACCAGCGAUAAGCACAAACAUGGAGGGUCAGGAAGGGAGAGAGAUAGUAUUCGUGCUUCUAUUCUGGAUGAAGCAGCGAUUGUUUUCUCCACUCUCAGUUUCAGCGGUUCAGUUCUUUUCAGUAAAUUAAAUCGCGGUUUUGAUGUUGUUAUAAUAGAUGAAGCUGCCCAAGCUGUGGAACCAGCUACCCUCGUUCCAUUGGCCAAUGGAUGCAAGCAACUAUUUCUGGUUGGUGAUCCGGUUCAACUUCCAGCAACUGUAAUUUCUCCCAUUGCUGAGAAAUUUGGGUAUGGAAUGAGCCUGUUCAAGAGAUUCCAGAGAGCCGGCUAUCAAGUAUCGAUGCUGAAGACCCAAUACCGCAUGCAUCCUGAGAUAAGAAGCUUUCCUUCACGAGAAUUCUAUGAUGGGGAACUGGAGGACGGGCCAGAUGUUGUAAACCAGACAAAACGUUCAUGGCACGACUACCGUUGCUUUGGACCGUUUUGCUUCUUUGAUAUACACGAGGGGAAAGAGUCCCAACCCUCGGGCAGUGGUUCUUGGGUUAAUGAAGACGAGGUUGAUUUUGUUCUUGCCAUGUAUCAUAAAAUGGUGACUAGGUAUCCGGAGCUUAAAUCAAGUUCUCGGCUUGCAAUUAUAUCUCCUUAUAGGCACCAAGUUAAGAUCUUCCGUGAUCGCUUUCGGAGUACUUUUGGAGUAGAGUCGGACAAAGUGGUGGACAUUAACACUGUGGAUGGGUUCCAGGGACGAGAAAAGGAUGUCGCAAUCUUUUCAUGUGUUAGGGCAAGCAAAGAGAAGAGCAUUGGGUUUGUGGCUGAUUUUCGCAGAAUGAAUGUUGGGAUAACCAGAGCAAGGUCUUCUGUCCUGGUUGUGGGUUCUGCAUCAACUUUGAAGAAAGAUAAGCACUGGCAAAGCCUAGUGGAGAGUGCUGAGCAGAGAAAUUCUCUCUUCAAGGUUUCCAAGCCCUACAGGGAGUUUUUCAGCGACGAGAACAUCAAAUCCAUGGCGGUGAAGGUUCUUAUGCCAGAAAAGACAGAAGCUCCAUCUGACGAAAUGGAAGUUCAGGCAGCCGUGCCUAUCUAUGGUAACUCAGGUGACAUGGACCAGGAGCCUGCCGAUGACCCCUACGGCGAUGGCGAUGGCGAUGCAGAUGGGUACGAUAUGGGUGAUGGCGAAGACUAAAUCCAAUUUUGUCGACAAUCAAAUCAUCUGGUGGGCUGCUAAUUGGCAAUCAAUUAAAGAAAUUAUGGUAACGAUCAUGAUAGAUCUUCUGUUUGUUGGAUUUCCCAUGGUUGCAAGCUCUGUAGACUGUGGAACAGAUGUAUUUAUCUGAACAACGAGCAAAAUGCCAAUUCUAUUUUAGGCUUCUUGCUGUCUGUCCAAGAAGUUGGCCUUUUAAUCCAAGACUUUUCAACUAUAGUGCUUUUUGUCCGUUUCCUUGUAAUUUCUUCAUCUUGGCUUGAAGAAUCGAAAGUACCGUUAGAAUUACCAUUGACAUCGGAUCAAAAAAAAAAUACUAUUGACAAGAAA